UUUGUCUGUCUAACACAGUAUCAAGAGCGUACCUCUUCUCCUUGGAGCACAUCCUGCCUGCCUGCAGCUGCAGCUGCUGCUCUUUUUCUCUGCAUUCUUUAGAUUCUCUUCUCUCUCACACAAAAUCAUAUAAAAAAAACCUUACUUUUCUCUUUUCACCAAAAAAAAUAAUCUCAAAAUCUUUUUUUUUCUUAGCUUGCUGUAACGGUCAGUAAUUCUCUCAAACAGUUUCCCUUUCUCUGCCAGCCAAGCAAACAGAUGUAUCAAUGGAUUGGAGAAUUCAAUAGCAAAUAGUGAAAUAGAACACAAAAAUGGAGUCAUCAGGGUUGAUUAUUGGGAUUUCAAUUGGGGUGGUGAUUGGAGUGUUUUUGGCUAUUUUAGUGCUGCUUUGUUUGAGGUGCCAAAGAAAGCGGUCGCAGAUUGGAAGUAGCAGUUCUAGGAGGGCGGCGAUGAUCCCUAUCCGGGCUAAUGGUGCAGAUACAUGCACUGUUAUGUCUGACUCGACCAUUGAUCCAGAGUCACCUGUGAAAGCCGGAAGAAACAGGGUGCCCUUGUGGCUGGAAGGAUUUAAGAGGAGUAAUGUGGUUUCAGUUUCUGGGAUACCUGAGUUUUCUUACAAGGAUCUACAAAAAGCAACCUAUAAUUUUACAACACUAAUAGGACAAGGAGCAUUUGGUCCUGUUUAUAAAGCUCAGAUUACAACGAGUGAGACUGUUGCUGUUAAAGUGCUUGCAACUGAUUCUAAGCAAGGGGAGAAAGAAUUUCAGACGGAGGUUAUGCUAUUGGGAAGGUUGCAUCACAGAAACCUUGUGAACUUGGUUGGAUAUUGUGCAGAAAAGGGCCAGCAUAUGCUCAUAUAUGUCUAUAUGAGUGAAGGCAGCUUGGCUUCUCAUUUAUACAGAGAAGACCUCAAACCAUUGAACUGGGAUUUGAGGGUUUAUAUUGCUUUAGACGUAGCAAGGGGCUUGGAGUAUCUCCAUAAUGGGGCAGUUCCUCCUGUGAUUCACCGGGACAUUAAAUCUUCCAACAUUCUGUUGGAUCAGUGCAUGAGAGCCAGGGUAGCUGAUUUUGGGCUUUCAAGAGAAGAGACGGUGGACAAACAUGCAGCCAAUAUAAGGGGAACUUUUGGGUAUCUUGAUCCUGAAUAUGUAUCUUCAAGGACGUUCACAAAGAAAAGUGAUGUCUACAGCUAUGGAGUGUUGCUCUUUGAGCUUAUAGCUGGCAGAAAUCCUCAACAAGGUCUUCUGGAAUAUGUUGAACUCGCAGCAAUGAAUACUGAGGGAAAAGUUGGGUGGGAGGAAAUAGUUGAUUCACGUCUGGAUGGUAAAUUUGAUGUUCAAGAGCUCAAUGAAGUGGCAGUUCUAGCAUAUAAAUGCGUCAACCGUGCCCCAAGAAAACGGCCUUCCAUGCGAGACAUUGUGCAAGUUCUUUCCAGGAUCCUCAAAUUGAGGCACAAUAAGAAGCAUCACAAGAAGUCCCUUUCUACCACCACAGCGGAAGAAGUUUCCAUUGAUGUGGACCAACAAGAAAUCAGAACUCCUCUCUCUGAACACCACCACCGAAGAGAGGAGUCAGUUGACAGUGCUGACACUGGUGAAGUAUAGAGAUGAUUUUAAACAAUUUGUUCAUUCGGGACAGCCCAUGGUUUUGGCUUUGGUUUGUGAUAUAUACAUGCAGUUCAAAAGGAGCUAGGCGAGCAGAUUUGUAGCUAUGGGGCUUUUUUUCCCCUCUUCUGAGUUAGAAGAGUAGAGGAUACAUUCAGUUUGUUUAUAGGUUUCUUCUUUUUUGUAACAUAACUAGGUCCUUUCUUUCUCUUUCGCUUUGAUAAAAAGACAUGCAUGAUUUUGUACAUUAAUACUAUGAAUCAUGAAUGAAAAUGCAAGGAAAAUAA